AUGGACACAGCACUCAUGGUGUCCCUCUCUCUGUUUGGACUGGCUCUUGUCCUGCUCUCCUUCCCUGAGCACGCUUCACUGAACAAAGUAUUUGACAACACCUCAGGACCUGUGUAUCUGGGGUCUGUAUUUGUGAAGGAGGCUCUUCAGAGGGCGAUUGAGAUGACUGAUGCUGCUUACGCUCGUACAAAUUUUGCCAGGGGGAAGAAGUCUCUGUCUGAAGGCGCUCUGAGACCCAGUGACCUGCUGGCUCAGUUCAAACAGACUGAAGCCGGAACCAGGACUCAAAUCCGAGCUGCAGAACUGCUGGACAACACAGUGGAGCUGAUCAGAGAGAUGGUUUACACUCACACUAUGGUGCAGCCCAACCCUCAUGAGCUGCUGAGUGAAAGAGAUGUGGAGAAUCUACUGCAAGUGACAGGCUGCUCUGUUGAGCUGCAGAGACCCAGCUGUCAGAGCGACUGUCUGUCUGAGCGCUACAGAUCCAUCACAGGAGAGUGCAACAACAGACAGCAGCCCAGAUGGGGCGCUGCAAACAUCCCGUAUUCCCGUUGGCUGCUUCCAGAGUAUGAGGAUGUGUGGGGGGCACCCAGAGGCUGGGACCCAGAGCACACCUACAAUAACGUCAGCCUCCCUCCAGUGCGGCUGGUGUCUCAGGAGGUGCUGUUCACUCACAAUGACAACAUCUCUCUGGACUCCACUCUGUCUCACCUGCUGGUGGAGUGGGGUCAGUGGAUAGACCAUGAUGUGGUGCUGACGCCUCAGAGCCCCAGUACAACAGCCUUCAGGACCGGAGCUGACUGCACACACACCUGCAGCCGGGACACGCCCUGCUUCCCAAUAGAGAUCCCGCUGUCAGAUCCCCGUAAUGGCAUCCAGAGUUGUAUGCCUUUCUUCCGCUCUGCUCCCAGCUGUCAUGCAGCAGUCCUCCCUCAUCAGCACCGAGAGCAGCUCAAUGCCAUCACCUCUUUUGUAGAUGCCAGUAUGGUGUACGGCAGCUCCACCGGUCUGGCAUCAGCUCUGAGAAACCGCUCCUCUCCUUUGGGCUCAAUGGCCCUCAACUCCCAGCACUCAGACCAGGAGCUGUCCUACAUGCCCUUCCUGCCUCGCCAGCAGGCACACCUGGACCCCUGCGGCCCUCGAAACUCCACCACCUCCGGGGCAUCGGACAGAUCCACGCACCGGGAGAACACCACAUCCUGCUUUCAAGCUGGUGAUUCAAGAGCCAAUGAGCAUCUGGGAAUGAUUGCACUGCACACGCUCUUCCUGAGAGAACACAACCGGCUGGUCAGCGAGCUGCACCUGCUCAACCCUCACUGGAGCCCUGAUGUUCUCUAUCAGGAGGCCCGCAAGAUCAUGGGAGCCGUUCACCAGAUCCUAACCUGGGAGCAUUACCUGCCACGGGUCCUUGGUGACAUCGCCAUGUCCCUUCUGAUGCCUCCCUAUGAAGGUUAUAAUCCUGAAGUGGAUCCCAGCAUCGCAAACGUCUUUGCAGCCGCUGCGUUUCGAUUUGCCCACGUCACCGUGCAGCCAAUGGUGACCAGGCUGGGGCCAGGAUACACCACGAACUCCCAGCAUCCCCCACUGCCUCUGCACCAUUCGCUGUUUGCUUCUUGGAGGGUUGUAGAGGAAGGUGGUAUAGACCCUGUGCUGCGCGGCCUGUUGCUGUCUCCAGCCAAGCUGCAGACUCCAGGUCAGAUGAUGGUGGAGGAGCUGACAGAGAGGCUGUUUCAGGCACAGGGAGGGAUGCCUCUGGACCUUGGGGCCCUUAACCUCCAGAGGGGACGAGACCACGGCUUGCCUGGAUACGGCUCAUGGCGAAGGUUCUGCGGCCUCUCUGUUCCCAACUCUACGACAGAGUUGGCCGAAAUCCUGGGUAACUUCACUUUGGCUCACAAAUUCCAGCUCCUGUACGGGACGCCACACAACAUCGAUGUGUGGGUGGGAGCCAUCUCUGAGCCCGCUCUGGCUGGAGGCCGAGUGGGGCCGCUCCUGGCCUGCCUGCUGGCCAGACAGUUCAGAGCCCUGAGAGAUGGAGACAGGUUUUGGUGGGAGAGGGAGGGAGUGUUCACCAGCACCCAGAGGAGACAUCUCCACGCCGUCUCUCUGUCCCGCAUUAUUUGUGAUAACAGCCAUAUCAGCCUCGUCCCUGCUGACGCAUUCUCACGCACUGAGAGUCCCGAGGACAUGCUGGCCUGUUCCCACCCGCUCAUCCCCCACCUCGACCUGAGCCCCUGGAAAGAACCAGACACAGCUGUGGUCCAGUACCCAGGAUCCAGUCUGGCUACUCUCUGCUCUGUGACUCUGUGA